AUGCAGACGCAGACGCCCAAUCCAGACCCCAUCGGCGUCCUCCUAAUCGGAAGCAUCCCCCUCCCCUCACCAGACGCCGUCUUCGCAAAGCUCGCAACAACCCUCCCAAACCGCCUGCACACCCUCCCGGACGGCGAAACAAGCACACGCUAUAACUGGAUCGAAUGGCAACUCCCCUGCUUCCCACUCGAAACCCUCCGCCCCCAACACGGGGGCAUCGAUCUCCCCGCUACGCCGGGAGUCUACAGCCAAGACUCCAUAGGCCGCACGCGCUACGACGAGGUCGCUAUAGAGUCAUACACCCGCUUCGUCGCGCUCCGCGAGAAUGGAAUAAUUCCUGCAGGCGUCCGGUUUCAAGUAAGCCUGCCGACGCCGUACGCCGUCAUCCAAAGCCACCUGCGGCCUGAAUUCCACGCACAGUUCGAGCCGUGGUAUGAAGCGCGCUUGCUUGAGGCCUUGGCUGCCAUUAUCGCACAUGUUCCCGCCUCCGCCCUCGCGAUCCAGUGGGAUGUAGCCGUUGAAGUGCUCGCUUUGGAACACGAGCGCGGGCGGCUAUGUAACGAGUUCUUCAGACCGCAUUUCAUCAACGAGCCUGGUGGUGUGAGGGCUGGUGUCCUCUCGCGCAUCGGCCGGAUCUGCGCGGGGAUUCCGGCGGAUGUUGAGCUGGGGUUUCACUUUUGCUAUGGCGAUGCUGGACAUAGGCAUUUUGUCGAGCCGGAGGAUUUGGGGCUUGUUGUUGAUCUUGCGAAUGGGGUUGUGGAAAUGCUGGGUAAAAUGCGUGAUAUUGGCUGGGUGCAUGUUCCUGUUCCGAAGGGGCGUGAUGAUGAGGCGUAUUUUGAGCCGUUGAGGGGUCUGAGGAUUGCGGAAGAGACGAGGUUGUAUCUGGGUCUUGUUCAUGCGUAUGAUCUUGAUGGGACGAGGUGGAGGAUUAGGGCUGCGCAGAGGGUCCUGCAGAGGGGCUUUGGCGUUGCGACGGAGUGUGGGAUUGGGCGGACGCCGGGGGAAGAGCUGGAGAGUAUACUGGACAUCUCGAUGGAGGUGACCGCACCGAUACGAAAUCAGUGA